GGUCGCCGUCCUGAAGAAGCUCCAGGGUAAAGAUCACGUGUGUCGCUUUGUGGGAUGUGGCCGGAACGACCGCUUCAACUACGUGGUGAUGGAGCUUCAGGUCAGUGUUGGUGGAGGGAUACGCCACAGAGUCAGCCACGGAGCAAUGUCACACGCCUUCACUCCAAAUAUGAAAACAACAGUUUCUUACUCUUAUUUGUUUUUACAGCGUGGAAAAAUGUGACGUCUGCCGGCUUGAAAACCGCAGGUCCAAUAUGAGCUGCCUGUGUCGCAAAUAGAAAGUACGAGGGACUUUGCUUCACAGUAAAAUCCGAACCAUCUGGUUCCUGACACGCAUACUGGCAGGGAUGUGGAGACACUGUGGCAAACCACACACACGUGGAGUUAAUUUCCUGCCAAAACGUUCGCACACACAUAAAUCCUUGACAUGUCACACAUUAAAAUCAAACGUUUCCAGUACAAUUAAAACCAUGCUGGGAAAUACACCGCCACAAGAAAGACACGUUUUGUAUCUUUUAGAUGAGUUUGUCUGAUACGGACACAAAGGUGAACCUCGUUCAGUGAUUAGUAAAAAUGGGGUGAAAAGUUCUCAGUGGGUAAUAUUUUCCCUUCGUAAUAACUUCCACACUCAAGAGUGUUGUAAGCGGGACUUACUUGGCACUCAAGUCAGAAAUAGAUUGUCUUUUGGAGUUAGCGAACUACCACAGGUCAAGAUAAAAAUUGCCCAAUUCAGUCUCUAACUAAUUACUCACUACACCUCUACCUUUUAUUGAUUUUUAGGAAACAACAACAAACUAGACCGAGAGAUAACAAUAGCUCACUGUGCUCAGUUAUAUGUCCACUAAUGUCAUCUAACUCGUCUAACAUGACUCUAGGUUUGCCUAUCAGGAGUCUCCUUGCUCUGAUCUCGGUUUGACUUUGCGCUGACACCUGAGACGCGUCAUGCACAUCCCACCGGCUGCAUGUUACUCAUCUCUGGGAGUUGUUUACAGAAAAGGUCGAAACCUGGCAGAUCUGAGGAGAAGCAUGCCUCGGGGAACGUUCAGCAUCAGCACCACCCUGCGUCUGGGGCGCCAGAUCCUGGAGGCCAUAGAGAGCAUCCACUCUGUUGGAUUUUUGCAUCGGGACAUCAAACCGUCCAACUUCGCCAUGGGCCGCUUCCCCAGUACCUGUCGGACUUGCUACAUGCUGGACUUUGGCUUGGCUCGUCAAUUCACCAAUUCCUGUCAGGAGGUCCGCCCUCCUCGUCCAGUCGCAGGUUUCAGGGGAACAGUUCGCUAUGCCUCUGUCAAUGCGCACAAGAACAAGGAGAUGGGUCGUCAUGACGACCUGUGGUCUCUCUUCUACAUGUUGGUGGAGUUUUUGGUCGGGCAGUUGCCGUGGAGGAAGAUUAAAGACAAAGAACACGUGGGGAAACUGAAGGAGACUUACGACCAUCGCCUGAUGCUCAAACACCUGCCGGGAGAGUUUGGUGUAUUCUUGGAACACAUUUGCAGCCUUGACUAUUACACCAAGCCUGACUACCAGCUGUUGAUGUCGGUGUUUGACAACAGCAUGAAGACCUACAACGUUGUGGAAAAUGACCCUUACGACUGGGAGCGAACCAGCACUGAUGGCACUCUGACGAUCAGCGCCAGCGCCACAACACCGCAGCAUCACACCCGACUCACUCCCGCGCAGAUGGGCAUGGUGAACGCCUCUCUGAUCCCCGGCGACCUGCUGAGGGAGAACACAGACGAGGUUCUGCAGGACGAGCAGCUCAGCGACGUGGAGAACAACCCCGGCCCCGACCGCGUGCCGGGCUCCCCCCACCACCAGCAUCGCACCCAGGAGGCCGACGUCUGGGAAGAGCUGGACCGAAACCGGAACCGGAUCAGGACAGGACACUGGAAGGCUGCGGCAGAGGAGGAACAAGGUAAAAACCAGGCCAGACAAGGACACCAGAGCCCCUACGCAGGGCUGAGUCUGGGCUCUCCUGUCAAACCACACUCGGAGGCAGUGGCUUCCGAUCGGGAGGGCCCUCUGCUGAGAAAGCUCCGCAACAUCCACAGCUUGGAGCUGGAGAGGAGGCUGGGCCUGGAGUCAAAGUCCAGCCCGGAGCGUCUCCUGGAUAACUGUUCAGGGAAACAGCAGUUUGGUGCCCAGCACCAGGGCAAGGAGGCUGCUGUCGUCCCAGCAACUCAGGGUCAAGCCGGGUCCGCCGGGGAGCGCCCCGAUCGCGUCUGGCAUUACGACGAGGAGUUCCUGUCCGGAGCUGGUUCUCCUAAACCGGCUUCACCGGGGUCUUUUGAGCAGGGAGAGGGGGCGGCCAGUAGUGGUGGCUUUGUGGCGCUUACUCUGAGCUCUGGGAGGCAGGACAUUGACUCAAGGGAGUGGGUAAUGGUGGAGCGACCCAGUGGCUCCCCUGGAGCCAAAGCCACAACAAGCCCAUCGGAGGAGGAUGAGGAGCCAGAGGUGCUCCAACCAGAGGAAGCAUCUCCCGGAUGGGAAAAGAGAAGCCCAACCCCUAACUCUGGCAGAGCUAAGCAAGAAAGUGCGGCUUCCUCCAAAGGAAGCGUAAAAGUGGACAAGUUGGAGCUCAGUGUGGGCCCCGUGGGGGCUCUGCCUCCUAUUACCCCAACCAGCCCAGCUGAAGCUCUGGCUGAGGGAAUCCUGACUCAGUUCCCCACCUCUCCUCCGUCUCUACCCGAGGAGGUCUUGGCGCGGACGUCCAGCCCCAUCCCGCUGCGCUCUCCCAGCCCUCACACCCUCCUCACCACGCUGUCGGACCCGCUGCACCUGCGCCAGUCAGCGGGCUUGAGGCGCAGCCAGUCCGCCGACCAGCAGCCGCAGCAGGAACGCCCGUUCUCCUCCACCUCCUCCCUCCCUCUGCCAACAAACCCUUCCCCGGGCGCUCGCUCGCCCAGUCGCAGGAAACUGCCGGCCAUCCCCGCCGGUGCCGCCAACGCCAAGUUCCCCUCAGUCAUACGCAUCACCCGCGCCCAGCUUCAGCAGCUGACAGCUCAGCGUCCUUCAGGUCUGUCCUCGCAGUCGGGAUCAGACAGCGCUCCACAGUGCCUCCUGCUGGAGAGGCAUGGUGAUGCUGAAGGUGAGAUUCAGCAGAUCAACUCCCAGCAGGAACACGCGCCCACCCAUCCGGGAACGCCGACAGACCCGCUGGCUGAAACGGUGGCAAAUGGGGAUGCUCACGCCAGAGCUCAAAGCCCCGUGCCAAGCCGCGCGUCUUCGCCUCGCUCCCCCCGCUCCUCCCACUCGCCUCCUCAGUUCUCUCCUCGCAGACCCCUUUUUCCAAAUGGCUGCGUCUCUCCGCCUUGUAAUGCCCAAGCCGCCGGAGAGCUCUCGAAACACAAAGACCCCGACAAUGACGCCGCCCCGGCCCCAUGUGCGAUGGAGGCACAGACUAGGGAGGAAAACAGGGGCAACGUGACUCUUACCCCCUCCUGCUCCUCAUCCGCUGCCCCCCGCAAGGACCCCAGCCGCAGGCAAAGUCGCAUCCCCGUGCUUGAGCCCUCCAGCCUGCUCGAGCUCCCCCCUCCGGGGUCUGCCAAGGAGAAACUUUUCCAGAAAAAAGCCAGCCACCAUGGCCCCGUCCCCUCUCCCACCGCCUCCCCGUCCCUCUCUGACCGCCGUGGCGCCGCUGUAGCCUCCCUCGUCAGGGACCCGCUGUCGUCCGCCUCCGACCGCUCUCAGGACGAGGACUCCCUCGUCGGCUCUCGCUCUGACCGCCAGGGGGACGAGGGUCUGUCCUUGUCCUCCUCCUCCAGCCCCCUCUCUCGGAAGAGCAGGAUCCCUCGUCCCGUUCACUCGGCCGCCUCCGCAGAGCAGCUGACCGCCCAGUUCCUGCCACGCCCGCCCCCGGGGAAGCCACCUUGUCGCGCCCCAGUGGAGGGCAGACUCAGGCGCUACCGCAUCCGGGCCGGCAGCACCGGCGACUCGGACCUCCUGUCAUGCAUCGCUCAGCUGAUGCACGGCUCCCGCGGCUCCCCCCUCCACCACCGCUCCCCGGCGCAGCAAGGGGCCUCCAGGACGGGCGUGUGCAGCCUGACCAGCUCCCCGCAUCACCACCACCACCACCACCACUAUCACCACCACCGCAGCUCCAGCGCCUCGCCGCGCAGCUCCUCCUCGCUGCAGCGCUCCGUUAGCUCCUCGCCAUCCCGCCACGAGCACCGCGGCGGAGGGGGCGGGGGCUGCCUGGGCCGGAGCCACUCGCCGCCCAGCUUCUCGGGGUCGCCGCCUCCGCGUCGCUUCUACCUCCACCACCAGGAGACGUGUUGCAGUCGGCAGGCGCGCACGAGCCCACUCCACCUGUCCCGGGGAAAGGGCUGCAGCCGAGAGGGCAAGUGCUCCAGCAAGCUGAGCAGAUAAUUUCGCACCAGAUUGUAACGCCAUAGAAAAGGAGGUGAAGAUUCCAGUGAUGAUAGGAUAGACGUCAGUCGGAAAAUAAGCCUGAGUCUUCCUGUUCAGUCAGUAAAAUACCCAGUUCCCCUUCUGUAUUAUUAGUUCCAGACCUUCUCUUCCAAGCAUUCCCCUCCUCCCGUGUUUGCACACAGGGUUUGUCUGACCUUUCAGAUGUUUUGACUACUUGGUAACUUAAAUAUCAGCUUUCAUUUCAAUUUCACCUUUCAAAUUGAGCCUUGCAGGUAUAACUAGCAAGAAGAAAAAAAAGGCUGCAUCCGGAUACUCGUUUCACUAAAGCUGUGUCUUUAUCAUGCUGCAGGCAGUAGUAUAAUAUAGAACAAUAGCUAAGUUGAGUCUGUAACUUUGACCUAUCCUGUACAUUGACAUACACCAAUCAGGCAUAACAUAACCACCCACAGGUGAUGGGGCAACUCUGACUGAGUAGGAUAGUAGUAGGGAGCAAGUGAAUAUUUUCUCCUCAAAGCUGAAAAACUGUGAGGAUUUGUGUGAGUUUGACUAGAGCCAAGUUGUUCUGGGUCAGUAUCUCUAAAGCUGCUUGUCUUUUAGGUCGAUCCUUGUCUGCAGUGGUUGGCAUCAAUUAAAAGUGGUCCAAAGAGGGAGCAAUAGUGGGUCGGCGAAGUUGAUCGGUAUAAGCUAACGCAUCUGGGUGGAUCUGUGGUCCGACCAAACAAAUGAAAUACUACAGCUCGAUUGCUUAAGUAAAUAGUGCCAUUUCUAGUAGAAAAGUGUCACAACACGCAGCGCAUCACAGUUUGUUGCACAUGCGGCUACAUGCACCACCCUCCUCAGCAUGACUCUGAUCCUCUUCCCCCCCUUCCCCUUCACUGCUGCACAACAAUGGCCAGGUGAGCAUCUGAACUGACCCAAAGCAAUGAAAUGACUUGGCCGUUCUGAUUAACCACCUUUUCUUUUAGAUCAAAUGGAGAACGUGUGUAAUCUGGGGAAUAUGUGCGAUUUGAGCAGUUGCUCAAGGUGGCAUUAAAAAAAACUGGAUGGCACCAGAUUUAAAAAAAAAAAACAACUUCUGUGCUGAAUAAGUUUCUCUACUGCCUUAAUGUGCAGUAAAUGGGGAGUUGGCAACCCUUGCUUGCUGCAGAGGGAGGCUGAGUAAGGUGGUUUGUGGAGAACUUAACGGGAUUUUAUCGUGUCCUGGAAUCUCAAACUUCCUCCAUUUUAAUUGGUUGGAGUUUAGCACAGGGUGCCAUUCAGGCAAGAACUGCUGCUGCUUAGAAACACGUGCGACUAGGAAACCAUGUUAAAGAAGGUAGCCCAGGAGAAGAAGUGUAAUGCUUUUGAUGUUUCGUUGGGUUUCGUCCCUUUCACCAGGCGGCUGUUGUAUUAUUGUAGACCAUGCUGAACAUCCUUUCGUGGAAGUGAUGAUCCCUAGCGGGUUUGGCUUCUUUUAGGAGGACAACGUGCCCUACGUCGGAACAAAAUUGUUUCAGGAAUGCUGUUAGGUUUUGACUUAGCAUCUAACUCCUCCAGAUCUCACUGGAAUCGAGCCAUUUUUGGAUGUGCUGAAACAUUAUUGCAACUUACGGGACCUAGGAGGAUGCUGGAUACCCUACCACACUUUCUGGGGGUUUGGUGGAGUCCAAACCUUGAUGGCUCAGAGCUGUUUGGCAGCUGAUACCAACCCACUACCAGGCAGGUGGUUAUAACGUUAUGCCUGAUUAGGUGUUAGUAGCAGUAUAAUCCUUCGCUUUUUUUUUAUGCACUUGGGAAUUACAGCAUAGCUGAUUCCAACUCAAUGAAGAAUUUGCCUCGGUUCUGCUUUUGGAGGCUGUACACAGGGUAUUAUAGUAUGUUUUUUUUACUAAGUUAAGCUAUACUUUGUCUAAAAUUGUUUUUAUUGAGGUAUUUAUUGUAAAGCUUCUUCAAACCUCCUUCCCCAGACGUGUGACCGUCACAUUAGUUUUAAGUGUUUAAUCAGAGGGAUUGCUCAGUGGCCCUCUAUACAAUCAGCCGUGCAAAGUGCGUGACAUCACGCACCGUUUUGUGCCUACUGUGAUGCUGUGAGGUUAACUUAGGAUCUUUAGGACAGGAAUUAGUGGAUCAUGUUUUUUUUUUUUUUUUCAAGUGGUCAUGGUUGACGUAGGCUGAACAGCAUAAGGUGUAUUACUGGUGAGUAAUGCAUGGACACAGACGUUUCUCUCAGCAUGUGCCUUGGCACUUUGGGCAGCUUAAAGAUUUACUAUCGUUUUUUGUAAUUUGGGAAUAAAAGGCCAAAAAGACUUGUGCCAGCACUUAAAAAGUUAAACCUUUACAUUAAUCUUCAUUUCUAUGACCAAGGUAGCAAAACGGGCAUUUUGUAGUUUUUGGACAAAGUAGCUCUUACUAUUGGGGGGAGGGACAGUUUUUAGGUUUCAGGGUUGAUGUAUAUCUAUGUGUCGCUGUUUUUGGCUUUGAACAAAAGCAACCUCAAAAAACAAACAAAAAAAAACCCUCUGAUAAUACAAAAAACCGAGGCCAUAUAAACAUGCAUUUGACAAAACAAAACAAUGCUUUAAACCUCCAUGUAUCCUGCACUGAAGACCAUUCCUGGCUGCUGUUUUAUCAGUUUUAUCUUAUCUCCUCGCUACGCCUCCUUCUCCAGACCCUCCGCUUGGACGAUACUGCUAACUUCAGCCUCCUUCAAUUGCUACUCUUUGCAUGCCGAGAAAACGCAGACACAUAUACCAGCUGCUGAGCAAAAGAGUCGCACAGCGCAUUCCAUCAAGUGGUAUUCUUUUAACCCAAUGAGAACAUCAUUACCUGAAUAAGUCAACAGACUUAAUUCCUUAGACCCUGUGUCUUUGUGCUUCUUGUCCUGAUUUGGGUCAAUUAUGUUGCUGCUUACAGUGUCUUGGAAGAAUACGAGCACAUCUCCAAAAGUUGUACUCGAGUAAGAGCAGCACUUCUUCAAAAAUAUUUUUACUCAAGUAGAAGUAACACGUAGCCGUCCGAGAAUUGGAGUGACUGAACAUACACUUUCAAGCCUUACUACAAAUUCUCAAUUGAGCUUAGGGCUGGACAUUGACUAGGUCAUUCUACCAUGAAUAUGAUUAGAUUUAAAUAGUCCAUUGUAGUGUCCAGUCUUUUGCAACCUAAUCCUUGUUUUCCCUUCUGGGCUGCUCUGGAUUUAGUUUUAUUAACCCACGAUCAAUGUCCUGCUAAAAAAAGAGUAUCCGCACCAUCACGAUUCACCAUGGGAAUUGUGCUACAAUGGCAGAUGUCAUCAUAUAGUGCAUUACAUUUGGAUUUUAUGUGAUUUUAUUUGGCCUGCAUUUGUAUUCAAAUAUCAUGUUUUGAUAUUUAUUCUGAUGCCGCUAAAUAAGAUCCAAUGUGACUGUCGCUCUAAGCAUUUGACAAACAGUAUGCAUAUUUUUGCAAGGCACUGUACAUGAUACUGUUUUUAGUAGUGCAUUCCACUAAUCUGAUGCACAAAAUGGAGGAGAUUGUAGUCGCAUGAGAUCCUGUGUAAUGGGAUGCUGCUAUACAUAAGGACAAAGACAAUAGUGAUAUUGCCAAAUAUUUUGAUGCCUCGAGCUGAUAUGCAGCUCGUUCGCAGAUGUGAAGUGGUCCUGCUUCUUUCGACUCGUGCAGAUUAGUCUCACCGAGCAGCUCUGAUGACUCAUCCCGAAGGCGGACAGCGUUCAGUCAGAACAGCCUUAAUGCCUCUUCCUUGCCCCUCUGUAUAUACAGCGAGGGAUGACUGAGCCUUGUCUGUGCUGGAGAUCGUUUCAUCACUAGAGCAAAAACUGAGUAUUCCUUUCUUCUCUCCUGUCCGUACGGGCUACCGUUCCUCUGAGAUCCAGGAAAAGAAAAAGGGGAAAAAAGAAAACUUUUGUGUGCAAAACCACCCUGAAAUGUACCUGUAUUACACAAAUUAAAUAAGAAAAACUUGGGGGGGAGCUGGUCAAUCUCCGUGGCGUGUGUUUGUAGUGAUUUUUAUUUAUUUAUUUUUUAUUAUUUUUUACAUCCAAUAUGUGAACUGUCCCGUGUCGACUCGCAAACAUCGACGUUCCCUCAGCUUUUAAAAUUCAUUACGCAGACUUUUAAUAAAUACCUGUAAGAUAUUCAAAGUCAUAUUUAAAUUGAAAAAAACAACAACAGUGUUGUAAAAAAAACAAUAACAUAUGCUUCAAUGAGAGGAAGGAACAGAUGCUAAACAAUGCUGCUGGUUUUCUAUGAUAAUCAGAUUUCUUCAUGGUUUUUAUUAUUAAUGCAUAGAAGUGGUGUGUGUAGUCGUAGUGUUAAGUGUUUCUGUCCAAGUUAGAUUUCCUUUGUUCCCUUUUGAAAGUGACUCGCAGGUUGAAAGGUGCCAUGUUGUUUGGUGUUAGUGGUUCCUUCUACACACAGACCAAAAGAACAAACUGAUCUGUUCUGCUUUUCGUUUUCUUCUUCGAAAAGUGAGAUAAAAUAAAAACACUGUUCAUGCCACAACAUUAGAAUACUUGUCAAUGACUUAGAAAUGCUUGACUUGAAUUUAUUUAUUGUGACAUUAGCCUGAACUUUAUUUUAAAUUCAAAAAUCAUGGAUUUAAAAAAACAAUUUUUUAUAUUUUUUUGCUGUAGCAUAUGUCAUUGUUUUGGAAAUGUCACUGUACAGCUUCAAUGAAGGAAUGUAACAAGUGGGAGUUUUGCAUUGUAUAUACCUGUAAUUAUUUAUGUUUGAUAUUUUAUUUGUAUCAUAUAAAUGCCUUGUACAGUGUUUCUUUAAUUUUGUUUUUAUUUUAGAAUUAUUUUGUAUUUUAUUUUUAUAAACUGGUUAUGAAUAAAAUACUCAUUCCGCAUGCAGACAGAUCUUGUUUAGGAUUCUUGGCGCUACAUGAAGAAAUAAUUUAUACAACUCUGCUCAUGCUGUGUAAAAUGUAAAUAAAAACCCUUACAGUAAACCAUUGGACCCUAUGUUAAA